AUUCAGAGUGUCCGUCGUGUGUGCACACAGAGCGCUUGCACAAAAAGAGAAACAAUUCAAAUCUGUGAAUUUCUUUAAGCCCCGACGCUCGUGUGAUUCGUGUGUGUUUUCAAGCAAUUGGUAAUUGGUAUUUCUGUGGCCAACAAAGAUUUUGGCAAGUGAUGCGUUGAACAACAAAUGAAAGCAAGUAACGCCAUUUAAUGCAAAUGUGUGAAAGUGUGGAAUGAAUAUUGCCAAAAGCAAAUUACAAACAAAACACAACAAAAACAAAAACAACUGAAGUGUCUGUUUCGCUGUUUGUUUAACAAUAUUGAAGGUGCGUAAAAAAACAGUUGAAGACAAAACAACAAAUUGUGGCUUCACAUUCCACGGAUCUUUUUAAACGUAAAUUACUUAAAUAUACAUUAAAAAUGUACAACAAACUUCUGUAGACGCCAAACAAAACGAAAAAAAGGGUAAUUUUCCACUGCAAAAGCAAAAGCAAAAAAAGUCUGUGAAGGACAACAAGUGCGACAGGAUGCGAGCCGUAAGCGCAGCAGCGCCCACGUUGCUGCUGGUUGUGUUUCUCCAGGCGCUCAACUGGCAGCUGGGCGUGGCCGUCUUUGGCCGCGACGAUUGCCGGGAUCUGACCAUCUCGUCGUGCGAGUGCGCACCAUCUCUGUCCGAGUAUGAGCUCAACUGUCCCGGCAGCAGCUACAAUCCCAAGUUCAAGAUAACCAUACGACCCGGCUCGACGGUCCAGAUCGAAUGCAAUCUGACGGAUGCCUCGGAAUAUAAGCAGAUGCCGCAGCUGAACAUUGGCAGCAUCGAUAUGGUGCAGAUCAGGCGUUGCCCGCUGCCGUAUCACACGCCGAUAGCGGGCAUUAUGGAUCAUCUGGGCAUCAAAGACACCAAGGUGCUCAUCUUUGAAGGCAACGAUCUGGGCAUGAAUGUCACCCGCAAGCACCUGGAGCGGCUGCAGAAUCUGCAGCGGCUGCGCUUUGCCGCCCGCCGCUUGCCCUACAUCCCGGAUGAUUUGCUGCGCGACAUGCAUCACCUGAACUGGCUGGAUAUGCGUGCCGCCAAUCUGGGUGAGCUGCCUGCCCGGCUGUUGGCCAACAUGGAGAACUUGCAGUUCCUCGAGCUAGGCAGCAACAAUCUGCGCCAGCUGCCACGCGGCCUCUUCCACAAUCUGCACAAGCUGCUGCACCUGAACCUGUGGAGCAAUCAGCUGCACAAUCUCAGCAAGCACGACUUCGAGGGCGCCACCUCCGUAAGGGAUGUCGAUCUGCAUAAUAAUGGCAUUGUUCAGCUGCGGCCCGAUGUCUUUGCCUUGCUGACCAAUGUCACCGAGAUCAAUCUGAAUGGCAACAGCUUCCGCUCGCUGCCCGAGGGUCUCUUCGAGCACAACCAGAAGCUGCAGCAGGUGAAGCUGCAAAACAAUCGCGUGCCGCUGCCCACGCUGCCCGCCCGCCUCUUUGCCAAUCUGCCCGAACUGCGCACCCUGUACCUGCGCUGUGAACUGGAAUCCAUCUCUGCGGAUCUCAUUGAGAACUCGACGGCACUCACCGACAUCUCGCUAAUGGAUAAUCUGCUAAGCACUCUGCCUGUCAAGCUGCUGGAGCAUCAGGUGAAUCUGGUGAAUUUGGAUUUGCACAAGAAUCGUUUGAGCCAUUUGCCCGACGGCAUCUUUAAUUAUUUGUCCAAAUUGGAGAACUUAAAUCUAGCUGAAAAUCAGCUCUCCGAAAUUUCCAGCAAACUGUUCAGCAAACUGGUGAAUCUGAAAACCCUCCGCAUGAACGAUAAUCAGCUUGUGAACAUUCGACCCCAGGCCUUUGCCAGCAAUGUUUUAUUGCGUCAACUGAAUAUGGCCAACAAUCGCAUCAAUCUGCACGAGUAUCUGACGGUGCAUGGAGUGGAUGUGGAUCUUGGUUCGCCUUUCGCCCAUCUGCGAAAUCUGACGACGCUCAACUUGCGCAACAACUCCCUCAUGGUCAUCUUCAGCGACUGGAAGUAUGCGAUGCGCGAGCUGCAGGAGAUCGACUUGAGCUACAACAAUUUCACCUGGCUGGACUACUCCGACCUGGACUUUGUUUCCGCCUUCGAUCUGACCAUCAAUAUGACCCACAAUCAAAUACGCACCGUGCACUUCUACAAGCAGACCGAGUUCCAGCCCAUUGACAAGGGUCUGCGACUGGUGCAUGGCGUGAAAUCGGUCAAUGUGGAUCUCAAUGAUAAUCCCCUGGUCUGCGAUUGCACCCUGCUGCGCUUCCUGCAGGUGGUGCGCGGCGAAAUUCAGCCGGACUAUGCCAAGAAUUUGGUCACAUAUACGGAUCGAUUGAACUGCCAGGCGCCGAGUGCCUUGGAGAAUCGUCCCAUGCGCUCCGUGCAUCCUCGGGAGCUGGUCUGCAACUUUGACCAGGCAGAGGACCCGAAUGAGAGACGCUGCCCACGCGGCUGUGAUUGCCUGGUGCGCACCUUCGACGCAACGCUAAUUGUCAACUGCUCCAAUGGCGACUUGACCAAGGUGCCAAAGCUGCCACGCCUCCCGCCGAAUCUGUUGGAAGUGGAACUGUAUGUAGAGAACAAUACGCUGCUCAAGCUGCCGUCCAGCAAUGCGCCCGGCUACGAGAAUGUGACUAGCUUACAUCUGGCGGGCAACAAUCUCACCCAGCUGGAGGUAAACCAGCUGCCCAGCAACCUGAAGUACUUAGAUGUGCGUCGCAAUCAACUGCAGGUGCUCAACUCAACGCUGCUCGGCUACCUGAACAGCACCAUGAACAGCAUUAACCUGACGCUGCGUCUCUCCCAGAAUCCUUGGGUGUGCAACUGCGAGGCCAUGGAACUGUUGCUCUUCACUCAAAAUAAAUACAAGAGUAUACCGGAUCACACGGAGAUGUUCUGCAUGGAUGCGGAGAUGCCCACACGACUCAUGGAACUGAAUAUCAAUGAUAUAUGCCCGCGACCCCUGUUCGUUGCGCUGAUUGUGGUCAUCUCGCUGACCGGCUUCCUGUUGGGCAUCAGCGCUGCCCUCUACUACAAAUACCAGCAGGAGAUCAAGAUCUGGCUGUAUGCGCACAAUCUGUGCAUGUGGUUCGUCACCGAGGCGGAGCUGGACAAGGACAAAAAGUUCGAUGCAUUCAUUUCGUAUUCGCACAAGGAUCAGAGCUUCGUGGAAAAGCACCUGGUGCCGCAACUGGAGCAUGGCCCCAAAAAGUUUACGCUCUGCGUGCACGUGCGCGACUGGCUGGUGGGCGGCUUCAUACCCGAGAAUAUUGUACGCUCCGUCGCGGACUCGCGGCGCACCAUCAUUGUCCUGAGCCCGAACUUCAUCAAGUCCGACUGGGCGCGCAUGGAGUUCCGUGCGGCGCACAGGGCGGCACUGAAUGAGGGACGCUCGCGCGUGAUUGUGAUUAUCUACUCGGACAUUGGGGACAUUGAGCAGCUGGACGAUGAGAUGAAGUCAUACCUCAGAAUGAACACCUAUCUGAAGUGGGGUGAUCCGUGGUUCUGGGACAAGCUGCGAUAUGCACUGCCGCAUCGUGCACCCAUUGGCAAUUCCGGCAACGGAGCGCUGAUCAAGUCGGCGCUGAAGGGCUCCACAGAUGACAAACUGGAACUGAUCAAGCCGUCGCCGGUGACGCCGCCGCUGACCACGCCGCCUGGCGAUACCACCAAGAAUCCCCUGGUGGCACAGCUCAAUGGCGGCACCCCGCACACAGCCAUCAUGAUUGCCAAUGGCAAGAAUGGCCUCACCAAUCUGUAUGCGCCGAAUGGCAAGGCACACCAUGGCAAUGGCCACAUCAAUGGCGCCUUCAUCAUCAACACAAACGCCAAGCAGAGCGACGUAUAGAACUGGCACAAAGUGGAGCCCGACGAUGAGGAGCUCCUCUUUCACUAAGGCAUUCAAUCCUUACGCUAUGACCAAUUCCGAAUCCAGCUGAAUGUAUAAAUGAAAAACUAAACCAAGUCUUAACAAAGUCUAGACAACAUUUUUGUGGCCAAUUCAAAUUGCACUCAAAUUUAUUUCUUUAGAUCUAUGUGUGUGUGUAUGUGUGUAUGCGUGUGACUGUCUGCGUGUGUGUGCAUCUCUGUAUCUGUGUUUUGGUCUAGUUCAAUUCUGUAGAAUAAUUUUACAAGAAACGCAUCUGCUGCUUGUAGUUCCAAUGCACGAAAUUGGUGAAAAUUUUCAAUUUUCAAUAUUUCAUGUGGCCUUUGUUGACAUAAAAAAGAGAAAGAAAAUGGAAAAUCUCAAAAAAGCAAAAAAAAAAAAGAUAUUAAAUUUACAAAUUGAAAAAAUGAACAACUUGAGCUAGUUGAGAGUUAAGAGAGCUUAUCAUUCUGUUUAGUGUUAUGUAUAUGUAAGUUAAGCAUAGUAGAGCCUAAUUAUUUUGUACAUUAUAUAAUUAUGAUAUUGUAUAUUCUAUGUUUAAGUUCAACGCACGCAAAAGCUAGAGAAAGCUCACAAUCGAAAUAAUUUGAUUUUAUUUUGAGGAUUAUCACAUUUCAUUUGUUUGCACGAAUCUCAAGUUUUACUUAACUUUUGAACAAACUGAGCUUUAUUUUUUGUACAAUCUAUAUUAUUUGUUAUAAGCUAUUGAUUAAUGCACAUGCAAUAUACAUACAUAUGACGUAUCCAAAAAGUAGCAUAUAAACUAUGCCGUGUACUGAAUGUAAUUAAAACAAAAUGAAAUAAAUAAACCAUAAGAAUCUA